CUCUGCGAUAGUUGACUGGCUGGUCGCGCGGUGCGCAGGCGCAGACACCCGGGCGGGGCGUGCAGACCGGCCGGAGUAAGGACUGACUCGGCAGGUGGCUUCGGCGGAAGAUGGCGGAGCUGCGCGCGCUCGUGGCUGUCAAGAGGGUCAUCGACUUCGCGGUGAAGAUCCGGGUGAAGCCUGACAAGACAGGGGUCGUCACCGAUGGGGUAAAGCACUCCAUGAACCCCUUCUGCGAGAUUGCUGUGGAGGAGGCUGUGCGGCUCAAGGAGAAGAAGCUGGUGAAGGAAGUCAUCGCCGUGAGCUGUGGCCCCGUGCAGUGCCAGGAGACCAUCCGCACAGCCCUGGCCAUGGGUGCAGACCGAGGCAUCCACGUGGAGGUAGCAGCUGCGGAAGCCGACCGUGUGGGUCCCCUGCAGGUGGCCCGGGUCCUGGCCAAGCUGGCCGAGAGGGAGAAGGUGGACCUGGUGCUGCUGGGCAAACAGGCCAUCGAUGAUGACUGUAACCAGACAGGUCAGAUGACGGCUGGACUUCUGGACUGGCCACAGGGCACAUUCGCCUCCCAGGUGACGCUGGAGGGGGACAAGCUGAAAGUGGAGCGGGAGAUCGACGGGGGCCUGGAGACCCUUCGCCUGAAGCUGCCGGCUGUGGUGACCGCAGACCUGAGGCUCAACGAGCCGCGCUACGCCACGCUGCCCAACAUCAUGAAAGCCAAGAAGAAGAAGAUCGAGGUGAUCAAGGCCGGCGACCUGGGUGUGGACAUGAGCUCCAAGCUCACCGUGGUCAGCGUGGAGGACCCGCCCCAGCGCAUGGCCGGUGUCAAGGUAGAGAGCACGGAAGACCUGGUGGCCAAGCUGAAGGAGGUCGGGCGGAUUUGAGCCCCCUCUCUGACACGCAGCAAUAAAGCUAUGCCUCUCGUGA